AUGGCCCCCGUGGUUGUUACCACCUACUCUGGGUAUCGAAUUGCGAAGUACAACAGAGGUUUACCUUUCAACAGGGUCUCCCAAGCUGAGAAGGUGUUCGACGUAUCCGGCUCUCUGGAUGCCCAGCUAAGUGUUGAACAUGACGCCACUGAUCCUGGCGUGAGGCAGCUGAUUGAUGGCACACUCAUCAUUCGUGGUGAUAAGGUUCCAUCAUGGAAUGUGGGAGGCGUUGGAAUUGUCGUACAUUUAUUUGCCGUCCAUCAUGUUGAUUCUAUUGAAAUUAUAUUACCUCGUCUGGCUAUCUUUCGUCUCCGUCCCCUGCAUCAGAAAACCAUCACUAUCAUCAGGUGCCAUUCUUCAACAUCAGCAGCUGAGGGUCUUGUUGGCACUUACACGCCGCACGACUUUUUCAUGGCAACUUCAACUUCAUAA